UCGCAUUACUGUCUUUACCCUCUCGCCAAGCACAUACCAAGACCAGGAACAUGAACCACAACUUGACGUUAGAAACAUGUUUUGGCCAAGACAGCCCGUCUCUGGGUAGGAAGACUAUUUACUUCUCCAAUGGAGAAACUCUGGAGCCAAGUGACAGUGAGGAAGAGGAGGAUGGAGGCUGCAAUUAUAAGGAGCCCUUCUCACAGUCUCGGGACACAGCAAGCAUGUCUUGGGGAGAAUAUUCUCGUUUCCUUGGGACAAAUGUUGGCAAGAAGUCAUUACAAAUGUGUGAUUUCCUUGGUGAGAAACUUGCUCGUCUACUUGGGCUACAUGAUGCUAAGUACCAGUAUGCCAUUGAUGAAUUUCGGCGCAGCCAAAAGAGGGAAAAGCCCAGUGAGCAGGACUCCUCUUCGCUGGAUAGCAGCCCUGAACACCUGAACCUGUCUCUAAGAACAGGAAGAAGCUACGGGGCCACCAGCUCCGACGGUGUCAUCAGUCCCACUCCGUCAUCCAGUUGUAUGUCGACGGGUGUGAAAAACAAAGCAGUGGACACUGACAACAGGGGGUACCAGGAUGAUGACUGAUGAGAGAACAAAAAAUGCAUGUGUUAUAGACAGGGGUGAAAGUAGUUUGCAUGUCCCCCCACCCCCCAACAAAAAAAAAAAUAAACAACCCCCAAUAAACAUGCAAACAAAACAAACGUGUGCACUACAGAUCUAUAGCGCUGCAUGACUAUUUUGGGUGUCUCUUUGUAGGACACUUAUCUCAAAUGGCAUAGUGUGGUUGUAUGUUUUCUAGCCUACUUCAAAGGCACCUUUUUGUCAUAUGUGGGUUUUUGGACAAAAUUAACCCUAUUCUCUUAUCGGUACUGCACACCAGCUGUAGGCCUACAUUUUAUAGCUGCUGUGCACUUGUGCGCACCGGUCUCCUUUCACCUCUGUGUAAAAUGAGUGUAAAACCAAAGAAUCGUACAGGAGAGAAAGAUACUUCAGGCUCGUUAUUUUCCUGUAUCCAUGUGAUGUCGGGUGAACACCCCUUUAGGAGACCGUCGGUUAGGAGACCUUCGGAGUCUUGAGGUUGAGAAUAAAUGGAGUUCCCUUAGCGCUGUAGAUGACGGUAGCGCACUUCUUGUGCAAACACCACAAAAAGAGAAGACAAAGGAGGGGACAAUUAAAG